UGACUGGUACCAAGGCUAUUACAUUUGGAGUUCUGUGAUGGGUGACCUAUACAGGUCAGCAGAGGGCGCUGUAACAGAUGAUCAACUGACCUUUGACCCAUCAGGGGUCAGUAGUUCAGUUGAUGCAAUAGCCGUAGACUGGCUUAGUGAAUUCCUCUAUUGGUCUGAUCCAGACUUGAAUCAGAUACUCCGUGGAAGAUUAUCCAACCAAUCAUCCACAGUAACAUCCCUAACCACCAUCAACGCUUUUGCCAGCGACGUCCAGGAUUUGGCCAUCGACUCGGUCCAGGCCUACAUCUACUGGACAACGCGGUCGUCCGUUGAGGGCUCAAGACUGAAUGGAGAGAGCACUCUGGUGUUCUACGAGAUCAGUGAGCUCUUGUUGGAUGUCGUUGCUGGAUUGACCCUUGACCUUGAUGGCGGAUAUGUCUAUUGGUUUGUUGUUUCCAGGGAGAACUCGGUGGAGGAGCUGAAGUUGUUCCGUGCCCAGCUGGCAGGGAUAAGCCCUGAUCCAAUGUCAACGACAGAAGAGAUUGGCGAAGUGCUCACGGAGACAACGAGCCUGGCACUGCAUUUCUACAGCUCCAAACUCUUCUGGAUCAACAGCCAAUCUAGAGUAGAGGUCAGUGAUGACCGUGGCCAGAGACCAGCCUUACUACCGGCCACUGAUGUCCAGGCAUUGACCGUUGUACAGGACACUCUCAAACCUUUACCAGACGGUUACAGCGAGCGCCCAACUGUAGUGGCCCAAGAAAUCCCAUCCUCUUCUAUCCAGGUCACAGGUACAUGGGACGACUUCAAUAUCACAUGGCAGGCCAGCACAGAGGUCACUUACGGAAUCGUGUUUUACACCAUAGCUGUGGUAGCUCCAGAACGAACUUAUGAAGAGACUGUACAGAAUCCUUUCUAUAACAUCAGAGACCUAACACCUUUCCAGUCUCUUGGCAUCACAAUCAGUCCUUACACCUACUGGGCCACGACGCCUCAAACGGCCUCUCAGAUGAUGUCACCCAUGUCAGUACCCUCUGUUCCUCUUGACCCAAGAGCCUUUGCUUUAGAGUCCACUGACAUCAUGGCUGGAACCACUGUCUAUGCAGCUGAAUUUCGCUGGUCCCAACCUGCAGAGAUCAAUGGUGUUUUUGAAGGGUAUUCUGUGUCUUGGGGUACUGAUGCGGAGCAGCUAACUAUGUUCAAUGUCAGCCAAGAUGUCACUGAGUACACAUUCUCCAACCUAACGGCUAACACCACUUAUUUCUUUCAGGUGGAAGGCUUUACAUCCAUAGGUAGUGGGCCUGCAACAGACCCAGUCAAUAUCACCACUGGAGUAUCUCCACCCCCACCUACCAUAGUGGUGAACAAAGGGAAUGCAGGAGUGACAUUGAUUGAUACCGAUACUAGUGAAGAGAUAUCACUUCUCGGUGGUACAGCGGUCACAGUCAUUGCCUUCGUUGCCAGCGAGGAAAAAGUUUUCUUUGUCGAGUCUGCCGGGGAUCGAGAGAUCUAUAGCAGCAAUUUGGACGGCACAGAGCGUGUUGAGCUUCUUGAGCUGGGCAAUCAGGUGCCUUACCAAGCGGGGUUUGUAGUCGACUGGAUCUCACAAAUACUGUAUUGGAGUGAUAAUACUGGCAUCUAUAGUUACGAUGCUACUCUCCCCGCUGCCAUGACAACCACGGAGAUGUUGUACUCUGCACCAGAAGGCAACACCAUCCAGGGAAUCAGUGUGAAUCCUUUUGGAAGCACUUUAAUCUGGACUGAGACUACCCAGACUACUUCAGUUCUAAUGACCUCUGACCUCUACGAGUGGGCCCCCACCCCACUGUUUGGCACCACGAACAGCCAACGGAGGAAACGAGCCACCGAGAACUGCACGUGCUCAGAGAGCUUGACCCCUGGGUCAGCAGUGUACAUUGACAGUUCAGACCCAGAGACCCCAACCCUCUUCUUUGUGGAUGCGACCUCAAAUGACCUCUGGACCUUUGACCUUGUAGGAUGCCAGUGUGAACGGCUCUUUGAGGCAGCAUCCCAAGCUCAAUCAGGUCUCCCUCCGGACACACUGUCUGUUGACACUAGCCGUGUGUAUUGGUCAAACACUGCUGAAGAGAUAGUAGCCAGUGUUGACAAGCAGACUGGUGCUGAUUUCCAGGCCCAGACAGGUCAGACUGAUGUGAAUUUUGUACUGACAUAUGGUACCAGUCUUCAGCCAUAUCCAGCUCCUGAGUGUCUUUCACCGUCAGACUAUACUGACACUACACAGCUGUCCGAUGCAGGAAGCAAUAGGUUGACGGUGACCUUCGACCCUGUGACAGAAUGCGAAGGAGUGAGCACUGCAACGGCUAUCUAUACCGUGAGCUAUGCAAUAGUGGACAGCGAGACAUCGGACCUAAACUGCAGCACUACCAACCUCACAUGCAAUACAAUGGAGACCACAUUGAACCAGGCAACCCUGGACAACUUGGAACCCUACACAUUCUAUGUGACUCAGGUCUCUGUAAGAAACUUCUACUCCAUGGGAUCACCUGUGCUAGGUCCUGUAGCCAUCCAUAGGACUACCCCAGGAGUCCCCUCUGCUGCAUUGAUGGUAUCUGUCACCAUCCUAACCCCAUCUGAAGUCAACGUGGUCUGGUCGCAACCUCUUGAGAUCAACGGUCCUCUGGAUGACCUAAGGUUCCGGGUCAAGUAUUCAACGGAUACUCAAGACUUCAGGACUGGCUAUGUUGAUGGUCCGGACGGUGAGGAUGGACGUUACUCCAUGAUGAUCACAGAUGGUCUAGCUGCUGCUACUGAGUAUACUUUCACUGUUGAAUCCUACCAAUCUUCAUUGCCAUCCAACAUGUUCAGCUCCAGUCAGACAGAGACUCAGACCACCUACCAGGAACCAGCCAUGGUUGAUGAGAUCUCAAAGACCAGUACUACCCUCGCAGUCUCUUGGAUGUCUCCUGAUGAUGAUAGUGUCAUGUAUCAUUGGAUCCAGUUCAAAGAGACGUCAUCUUCGGAGUGGCAGGACGCCCUCAUGGGCAACACGACCUCAGGUGUCCGUUACAACGUGACAAUUGGUGAAGGGGAAACAGACCCGCUACUCCCAUUUACUGACUACGAGGUCCGCACGAGGAUUCUCUAUCGAUCUGGUCAGGAAUAUGAAUACCCUCGUAAUGCAGAGUUUUUAUCAUCGAGAACUGAAUCUGAUAGCCCGUCUGCCCCAGGCGUUCCCACGGUAACAGAAACAGGAACGGAACCAGUCACCUACGAGGUCCGAUGGACCGAACCAAACAGAGCCAAUGGACCAGGAACUCUUCAAUACACACUGGAAUCAAGAGCCAUGUCUACAGCAGAGUGGAGCCAAGUCUACGAAGGUCCCGAUACGAACUGGAUCAUCGUCGACCUCCUGGUGGGAGAAUCGUAUAGCUUCCGGGUCAAGGCCAGGAAUGAUGAUUACGAGGGACCGUAUAGUCCAACCAGUGAUGCUGCGUUCUUACCCAAUCCUUCGUCUGACAAUACAGUAUUUAUCAUCAUCGGAGCUGUUGUAGGAGUUCUUGUUAUUGUAGCCAUCAUUAUUAUUGUCUUAGUAUGUCGUCAUCAUAGAACCGGUGGUAGUAAGUGGCCCCAUUUCCAGGAAGACGUAGAGCUCGCACAGCUAAGGAACUAUCCUAACAUGGCAAUACGACAAGAAAACUCCAACUAUGCUGUGACACAUGAUGGCAAAGAGGUCCUUCUUCCAAUAUUCCAGAGAGAGCGACUCAAGUUGAUCACCUUCCUUGGCAGUGGUGCCUUUGGUGAGGUGUUUGAAGGAUCCGCUCUUGAUAUCCUUGGGAAUAACAGCGGGGAAACUAGAGUUGCGGUUAAGACUUUGCGGAAAGGAGCAACCGACGAGGAGAAACAAGAGUUUUUGAAAGAAGCUACGGUCAUGGGUAAAAAAUUCAAGCACCCCAACAUUGUCUCACUAAUGGGAGUAUGCCUCGACAACGACCCACAAUACAUCAUUCUAGAGCUGAUGGAGGGCGGAGACUUGUUGUCCUACAUCCGAGCAGCGAGGGCGCCACCUCCUGCCAACAGCAAGAUUACGCUUCUUGACCAGAUUGAGAUGAUUAUGGAUAUAGUGAAAGGAUGCGAGCAUUUAGAAGAAUUGCAUUUUGUCCAUAGAGAUCUUGCAGCUAGAAACUGCCUUGUUUCCACGAAGUCCUACGAUGCCCACAUGAGGGUGGUCAAGAUAGGUGACUUUGGUCUGGCCAGGGAUAUCUACAAGAAUGAUUAUUACAGGAAAGAGGGCGAGGGACUACUUCCUGUCCGCUGGAUGUCACCAGAGGGCCUGAUGGAUGGCUACUUCAGUAUUCAAUCUGACGUCUGGUGAGUUCCGUUACAUAAUUUUGGUGUGUUGAUGUGGGAGGUAAUGUCAAGAGGUCAACAGCCGUACCCAGCGAGGUCAAACGUAGAGGUCCUCAGGUUCGUGGAGGCUGGUGGAAGGCUAAGUCAACCGGAUCAAUGCCCUGAUGAAAUUUACAUGAUGAUGAGGCGAUGCUGGGAGCGAUCAACUGACGAUCGUCCAUCAUUUAAGAUGCUGAAAGAGAUGAUACAUGAUUUUAGGAGGAAAUCGGUUGGACCUAAUGGAGCUGAUAAUUUUGGAUUUGAAGGAGAUGGCAAGGUGAAUUACUCUCAUCUAAAGAAGGACAUCCCUCCAGAGAUGGAAGAUUACCUACUCCCCAUUGAUAGCAAGGGAGAUAUCAUCAAGAAACCUGAUAUUGAGCUUCCUCCAGACAUUGACUAUGACCUUGCAGACAAGGACCUUGCCAAUCUGGCCUUUGAAGAAGAUCAGAAGAAGGAGAAGCGGAAAGGCAGCAAGAAAGGACGGAGUCCUUUCAGUAGUCUCCGAGGGAGGUUACCCGGUGGGGCAUCUGCAGCGGAUCCGACACCACGCCUCGAAGCGGCGCUACAGGACCUAGCGAAUAACCGAGAGCGUGGGCGGGACAUCGACGAUGAGAGAUACCUCAAGUAUCCAGUUGGGUCAGUCAGCAAGGCAACGGGAGCCGACAUGGCCAAUGCAGCGGAUGGCGCAGUUGGAGGUGCAACUAGCAUGGCUGCAGAUGAUGGCAGCGCAGAAGGUGCCGUCGGGUACUCAGCGGACAUACCUAUGAAUGGUGAUGCGCUGAACAGGACUGAACUGUCAAAUUAUUCACAGCCAAGAAAACGACACCCUAAUCCAUUCCGUGCCAACUCCAUGGAAGAACUUGAUGGUUAUGACAAUUUAGCAUUUGCGACUUCGGGUGGUGUCAAGUCACCGGGAGGGGCUAAGGCAUCGGGUGGUGUCUCACUCACCGGGGAUAUUAUUGCAACAGACUAUGCCAAUGUAUAAUGCUUUCUUAACCAUCUCAAUCUAUUCUUGUCAUAACAUUCUUUUAUCCUAUUAAACUAUGUUGGUUACAAAGUCAGUGAAUAGAAGUGUCCUUGAUCAACAUUGAACGUGAAGGUGUUUGGAUGCUUCAGUAUGCUGGAAUCUCCUAUGCAAGGUAAGAUCCUGACCAUAGAGUCUUCAAUGCAUUUAGUAAAACAAUUCACUCAUGACCAAGCAAAUGUCUCCAUUCUGUCAUUGUAUUCAUUGGGUCAGCUUGAAUAUGCUUAAUCCUUUGCACUUGACAUUCAAAUAUAGUAUUAUAGUACAAUUAUAUUCAGCCUUAUUUAAAAAGAAAGUCAGUGAAGUGUCUUUAACACAAGAAUCCUGCGAGCAUCUUUCAAUCACCAAUCUUAACAUUCAUCAUUGACAACAAACAUGGUGGGGAAUGCUAGGAAGCUCUCGUCCCUCUGAAGGUGCUAAGGGUCAUUCACAGCAUCUUUUCCUCAUUGCCCAUUGUUUUGUGUAUGAUGAAUGUGAAUAUAUACGCUUCAUGCCUGAAAGAUGCACCUCUGACUCUUGGUAUAAAUUUGUCACCCUUCACAGAUAUCAAUUCCAAUAAAAAUAUCUAAACUUGUUGAGCUGCAAUUCUGAGGCAUAUUAAAGACUUCAUCAUUUUAGAGAUCCUCUCCAUUUGAUCAGAUUAAUUAAAAUACAUCUAUUUUACUAAAUUGAUGUCCGAAAAGUA